AUGGUUCAAAGAAAGCCGCAAUUGUUCAGGUUGUUUGAAUAUGUUUGUGUGGGCCUUGCCUUGAUUGCUGCCGUAGAACUCUUCAAAUAUUCAACUCGGGUAAACUAUGAUUGGUUCCAUUGCACCCCAGUAAAGGAAAGUUUAGCAGCAGGGAGUUCUGCUUACAAGGUUUUCGCAGUAGGUGGCCCCAGCUGCGAUAAGCGAGGGGAAUUCAAAUCUAUCAUGAAAAAAAUCACUUCUGACUACGAGCCUCACCAAGGCGCCAUUUCAUUCUGUAUAAAAGAGAAUGACAAAGUCUCACCAAGACACUACCCGAUUGGAACACCUAAAGGCCAACCAGGCUAUGUGGCAUAUGCUGCCUAUGACCUCGAGUUUGCCUUAAUUAGCGAAUUAUGUCAAGACGCCGCUAUUAUGCAUUUUUAA